CUCUAUUUUUUAAAGACUGAUAUUGGCAAGAUGUUUACUGUUCGACAGAAAUAAUUUCUCGAGAUUUUAGUUGAAGUUGAUUCUUGAUUGGAUAGUAUUUAACGAGAGUUACAUCUUGUUUGUCAAAUAAAGGAGGGAAAAAUGUUUUGGGCAGCGCUUUUGGACUUUUUCUGCAUUCCUUUUAUUGUAUUUAUUUCGUUUAUGAUUAUUUUGUCUGCUGUGAAUAAAUCCGUCGGGGUACGCAGAGCAUACGUAAAACUUUUGUUAAAGAUAUUUGAGUUCGGCCGCCUAAGCAUUGAGUCUGCAGCAAAAGAGCGUCAAAAACUAGUUGGUGACGCAAUUUUUAAUAACUCACAGGACAGAAAGCUUGAUGAGAUUAACUUAACAUUUCGCAAAAAAACGGGAAGAACCAUACCCACUACAAAUGGCAACACACUGAUUAGUAGAGAUAGCGUCCUUCUUCCUACAUCGAAUGAACCCGCGGCUUCUGAUAUUGAAAGCUCUCCAAAAGAUGAAGAAAUGCGAUUUAACUUGGAGAAAUGCCUAGAUUACAUCAAAGCAGGGGUUGAAUCAAUAAUCGAAGAUGAAGUAACCUCCCGUUUUGAAGCCGAGGAAUUAAAAAGCUGGAAUCUGUUAACACGUACAAAUCGCCACUAUGAGUUUAUAUCGUGGAAGAUAACAUUAAUAUGGAUGACAGGUUUCGCUGUUCGGUACUUCAUUUUGAUGCCUCUACGAGUUUUUGUUUGCUUUAUUGGUGUGUAUGUUGCAGUUGUUGCUAACAGUCUAGUUGCGAUGAUCCCCUUCGAAUUUCUUCGACAUCCUUGUGCAGAUUUAUCUUUUAAAAUUACUUUCCGCAUAAUGACUAGAUCUUUAUCAGCAGUAAUUACAUUCCACAAUACAGAAUACAAACCAAAAGGUUCUGGUUUUUGUGUAGCGAACCACACAUCUCCCUUGGACGUCGCUAUCCUUUCAACUGACUGUACUUUCUCUUUGGUAGUUUGGUUGACUGUUUGUACGGCGAUAGUUGGAUAUAUUAAAGAUGGUGAAUAUAAACGACGAAUGGUAGAUCAAGUGCUUGGUCAUUGCUUUUCGGUACUGUCCAGCGCAAUUUCAGCCGUUAUUUACUAUCAUAAUGUGGAAAACCGACCCACAAAUGGGAUUUGUGUGGCAAAUCAUACCAGCCCAAUUGAUGUGUUAGUACUUAUGUGUGAUAAAACCUAUUCUCUGAUUGGCCAACGACAUGGUGGAUUUUUGGGUUUGCUGCAACGAGCAUUAGCAAGGGCAUCGCCGCAUAUUUGGUUUGAAAGGGGAGAAGCCAGGGAUCGUCAUGCAGUGGCUGAACGUCUAAAACAACAUGUAUCAAACCCAAAUAAUCCUCCUAUUUUGAUAUUCCCAGAGGGCACUUGUAUUAAUAACACAUCAGUUAUGCAAUUCAAGAAAGGAAGUUUCGAAGUGGGGGGAGUUAUUUAUCCCGUAGCAAUUAAAUACGAUCCACGUUUUGGAGAUGCAUUUUGGAACAGCUCAAAAUACUCGAUGAUGCAAUAUUUAUAUAUGAUGAUGACAUCUUGGGCAAUCGUUUGUGAUGUUUGGUACUUGCCACCUAUGUAUAGACAAGAAGGGGAGUCGGCUAUAGACUUUGCAAAUCGUGUCAAAAGUGUUAUAGCUAAACAAGGCGGACUAGUAGAUUUAGUUUGGGAUGGGCAAUUAAAAAGAAUGAAACCAAAGAAGGAAUGGAGAGAAUUGCAGCAAGUAGAAUUUGCCAAACGUUUGAAAGGCGAUUAACGAUUUCAAACGUUUUGUUUAUUUAUCUCACUUUUAAUAUAAUGUUAAUUUUCAUAAAAAUACAUUCGCUGGUAUUAGAUAUAAUACGCUUUCAUUUUUAAUUUUAUAUUGUUAUACAUAUAGUUAUGUAUCAAAAGUAAAGUGGUGUCGGAUUAGUGAUGAUUGUAAAUAUGUUUAAGUACCGGGAACGUUAAUUUACCGACAAAGGAAAACAUUUAUAAGAAAUAUUGUCAUAGCGCAACUAAAUAUAAAUAUUUUAAAACAGAA